AUGCGGAAUCUGCAUAUAACUCGCCACGAGAUACCGUCCGAAAAGAGUGGCGACCUGGGCAUCAUAUCACAGGAAUACUCCUCAUGUUGCACAGACGGCACGGAGGAUUCCGAGGAGGAUUCUAUCGAUGCCAGUCAGCAAAAGGCAGCAGCCUUCCUCAUCCAGCACUUUCGCGUGCAUGAAGCAAGGCAUCUGAACCUGGAGACAGAGUCCCUCUAUGGAGCCGUGAUCCUCGUACCUCAAUUGGGCCGGAGUUGUGGGUGGCCUCGGGCGCUGAUGUUCGUGUCGCUGCAGGUGUACGUUCUCUUCAUCUUGAACGGUUUCCUGCAAGCUGUACUUCUCAUGGAAAUCAGCCGCGAGCAGAAUGUUCUGGAUGUGUACGCCGGACAGAUGUGGCUCUGCGACUUCGGCGCACCGUUGAUCGACUGCCCAGACGACCCCUCUUGCACUGGUCCAGGAGGAACGCAGGUUGAUGGGAGGCGGCUCUACGACUACCGAUCCUGGAGUACCCGUACCUUCUUCCGCGACUCCUUGAAAAAGUUGUUUCCCGACCGAGUCGGGGAGAUCGACAGAGACAUCGAUCCAGGCGAGUAUGGCGCAGAGAGUCGACUCAUUCGCUGGAUCUGUUGCUUCAUCUUCAUGCUUAGUAUAUCCGAAGAGCUGAUACUGAUAAGCAAGAUGUGUCGGCUCCUCUACAAGCUGCCAUCUUCUGCCGAGUCUUGGAUUGAAUUCAAGGACCCAGGCGACGAGCAGGUUGGCGACGCCUGGCUCGAAUACGUCGAGGUGUCUGUCCAGGGCAUGCCUUUCAGGUGGAAGGUCAUCAACUGUGUACUCAUCCUGGGCAUCAAAGUGGCGCUCUGGAGCCUCACGGCGCGCACAGGCGUCACGUUUCUGAUGGAAACCCAGGCGAUCUCAGACUGCAUCGUGAAUUCCGUAGCUUUGGCUUUUGUGCUCCACAUGGACGAGCUGAUCCUCAGUACGCUCACAUCUCACAGAGUGACAGCAGCUCUGUCAAAGUGCAAGGCGUACUGCAUCGAAAGCGAAGACGCAUCGGACUGGCGGUUCAAGGUCGAGCAGGAGGUCGACAACUCCUGGGUCGGCAACAUCGGGAUGGGCAUCCCUUUGGAGCUCCUGGCAUCCCUGCUUCUCUGCUCCGUCUUCAUUGGGAUGUACUACUACGACCACUGCAUUUGGAGCUGGGAAGGCUGGUGGUUCUAUUCAAAGCCGAUGCACUUGCCUUUGUCCAGCAACGAGCCUUUGGCCAGCGCGUUCUUCCCGUGGUUCUUUCCGCUGGAAGGUGCCGCAGACGAACUAUGGUCAAUGCCAUCCCUGUGGCAUGCUGAAUGA